CCCAUGAUUCCCCAAGAUUUUCUUCUUAUGGUAUAUUCACUAUUACUUCCAUCCAUCCCCUUCCUCCCCAAGACACCUAAUAUACAGCUCACUAACUUAUUCACAUUCUAACAAAAUCCUAUAUAAACCUCACUUGUCACACAACAUUUCCGCACCACCAUCACCUCCACCUUCAAAAAAAAAGCGAUUCAGCUCUCGUUCGCUCGUUGCCCUAGAUCCGCCUGUCGUCGAUUCAUGACGAGGAAGAAGGUGAAGCUGGCCUACAUCGCCAACGACUCGGCCCGCAAGGCCACGUUCAAGAAGCGUAAGAAGGGCCUGAUGAAGAAGGUGAGCGAGCUCAGCACCCUCUGCGAUAUCCAGGCCUGCGCCAUCAUCUACUCCCCUUACGACUCCCACCCGGAGACCUGGCCGCCGACCGCCGCCGGCGUCCACGCCGUGCUGUCCCGGUUCAGGAAGGUGCCGCAGAUGGAGCAGAGCAAGAAGAUGAUGGACCAAGAGAAGUUCCUCGGGGAGCGGAUCAAGAAGGCGGCGGAGCAGCUCAGGAAGCAGGAGCGCGAGAAUCGAGACAAAGAGGUGGCUCAGGCCGUCAGCCAGUGCCUCGAAGGGAAGAUGGCGCUCCACAGCCUGACGUUGACUGAUCUUGACGUCAUCUCCCGGUACAUCGACGGGCAGCUGAAGGAUGUCGACCGCCACAUCGCGGAUCUGGGCCGUGGGCCUGGGAACGGGGCUCAGAUGGGCCGGGGUGAAAGCGGUGGUGGGUUGAAUGGGCCGGAUUCUAUUCAGGCCGUUGGGCCGGAAGUGGUUGGGAACAGUGGGCCCAAGGAGGAGUAUGCGGAGAGUAUUGAGAGCAUGCAGAGGCAGCAGUGGUUUAUGGAGAUGAUGAACCCGGCUCCACCGCCGGGGCCGAUCCCGGUGACGGCGGCGGAGCGGCAGAUGGGGUUCGUGGGGGAGGGUCUGAUGAUGAUGGCGCCGUCGGCGGCGGUUGGGGGCGGUGGCGGGGUGCAUUUUGGGGAGAGUUCGAGCGGCGGCGGUGGGGGUAAUGGUGGUUAUAAUAACAGCAAUGGUAAUUCGUUCUGGGGUGGUAAUCCUUUCUUGAUGGACUGAUUUGGACGAUUGAUGAAUGAUGAUUAAGAUGGGGAUCUGAAUUUGAGUUUUUUUUUUUUUUUUUUUUUUGGUUUAUUGAGCGUGGGGAGGAGAUGAGUUCAUUAUCACUUAUCAGUGUAAUCGUGAUUCGUGAGUGAUUUGUGGGUCUUUAAACAUAUCUUUAUAAAUUUGAUUGUUGUUGAUCUUGUGUUGUUGCUGAAAGUUGUGAUUAUCUAAUAUUAAUGUAUGCAUGUGCUAGAUAAGCUUUAGAAACUGAGAUUGUGCCAGUAGUUUUAAAUUUCGUGUCUCAAUUUUGUUUUGAAAUAUAAUUGGAUUUCGACU